AUGAAGUCUCAAACCAGUGAUGCUCAGCUAUUUAGACUUGACAUACUAGAGGCCCAUUUCCUUCAAAAGCAACCGAGAUAUUCAAAAACAAAGUUUAUUUUGAAAUCGAAGAAACUAGACAAGUUAAUUCCCAAAUCCGAAAGAGAAGCUUUAGAGGAAAUACUAUUUUUAAAAAAAGAAUUGAUUCUACGAAAGUUUUAUUCCAAUGCUAACAAAUUGAACAAAGCUUUAUCCAAAUCUAUAAACAUUGAAAAAGCUUUUAUUGAGGCUCAUUUGACCAAAAACAAAGCUGAUGUUAAAAAAUUUACUCGACUGAAGGAACUAUUAAAUUCAGAUAUAUUUAAUCAAAAAAACAUUCAAGAUAUUUCUCACCAAAAAGUUGUUAAAUUAAUAUGCGACAUUUUUUUGGCUAAAGGUAACUACAAACUAUUCAAAGAAGAUCCCGAACAGUUUGAGUUUAUACCUUCUUUUAUAACAGAAGCAAUUCUUGAAAAGAAGAACCAAUAUCAUCCCACGAAAUUUUACAGAGAACAUGAUGAUAAAAUAGUUAGAGGACUUUUGUCAAAAAUAUCAAAUACAAAACUCACAAAAGAGAUUAGUGAUUCUAGUAAAUACUCGUUGAAAAUCAUUGAUGGAGCAAUAUCAAAACAAGAAAAAAAAAAAUUAAUCAAAAAUGAAAAAAAACUCUCUACUCUUAAAAAAAAUAAAAACAAAAGAAUAAAAGAUAGUUACGAUGACAAUAAUGAUGAUAGUAAUGAUGAAAAUGAAAAUGAAAAUGAAAAUUUUGAUAAAAUAACUCAAGAUGAUGAAGAUGAUGACGAAAUGGACUAUUCAAAUUUUGAUGACAUAAUAGCCUCAUCAUCUGAUGAAGAAAAUGUUAGAGUAAUAAGGAAAAAAACUGUGAAUGAUAAUUUCCAAGAUUUCGAUGAAGAUGGGGAUGAUUCAGAAGAUGAGAAAAUUAUUUUAAAUAAAGAAUCAAGUAAAAAAAAUAAAAAAGAAAAAAAAGAAAAGAAAGAAAAGAAAGAGAAAAAAGAAAAAAAAGAAAAAGCAAAAAGUAGAGCAGUUUUGCCAGCGUUGGCUACAGGAUAUAUAUCUGGAGAUUCAGAUAGUGAUAUUGAUGAUGAUGUGGUUGUGAAAAAGCAAUUGAACCAGAGAAAAAACAGAAGAGGACAACGAGCAAGACAGAAAAUCUGGGAAUUGAAAUUUGGUAAGAAUGCAAAUCAUGUUAAAACUCAACAAGAAAAUGAGAGGAUAAAACGAGAACAAAAACAACAAGAGUUCGAGAUCAGGGAAGCAAGACGUGCUGCUAAAAGAAGUCAAGAAAGUUUUAAUUCAAGUGCAAAAAAACCCUUUACAGAUACAAGUCAAACCAAAAAUACUGAGAAAAUGCAUCCUUCUUGGAUAGCUAAGCAAAAGAUGGAAGAAAAUUUAUCAAAAGCCAAAUUUCAAGGAAAGAAAGUUGUAUUUUGA